AUGCGAAGAGGAAUCUAUACGUUCCGUAGAGGAUUUGCUUCGAAAACUCCACGAGAUGUUUACGAUGCGAUAGUCGUAGGAGGCGGCCACAAUGGACUCACUGCUGCAGCGUACCUGGCACGUGCUGGAAAACGUGUUUGUGUUCUUGAGAGAAGAGAAGUGUUGGGAGGAGCUGCAGUUACAGAGGAAAUAGUGCCAGGUUUCAAAUUCUCUCGUGCUUCAUAUCUUCUUAGCCUAAUUCGGCCAAUUGUCAUCAAAGAUCUUAAUCUGAAAGACCAUGGAUUACGAUAUCACAUUCGGAAUCCCAGCUCCUUCACCCCUGUUCGUAAUUCGAAAGAUAGUCUACUUCUUGGACUUGAUAUGCAAGAGAAUUGCAACGAAAUAGGGAAAUUUUCCGAACGAGAUGCUGAGGCGUUCCCCAAAUAUGAAGCGUUUAUCGAACGAAUAGUACGUCCUUUGGAGCCGAUGAUGGACGAAGUGCCAAUCGAUAUUCAACAUUCGUCCAAAUGGGAGCUGUUCCUGAAAUCAUGGAAAGUGAUCAGAAGAGUGCAGCAAUCCAUGAAUGCCACGGAUGUAGUGGAUUUCUAUGAACUGAUGACGGCACCGAUUGCUAAGAUUAUGAAUAAAUGGUUCGAGAACGAUAUCCUGAAAGCUACACUUGGAACCGAUGGUGUCAUUGGAUUCGCAGCCAGUCCCUACGACGCCGGAACCGGCUACGUUCUUCUUCAUCAUGUUCUCGGAGGAAUGGAUAAUCGCAGCGGAACAUGGGCAUAUGUGAUCGGAGGCAUGGGAGCGGUAUCGUCAGCAAUCGCGAAAUCUGCGCAAAACCAUGGAGCAGAGAUCUUUACUGAACAGGAAGUUGACGCAAUCCUCGUGGACAAUUCCGCUGUACAAGGAGUUCGCCUAUCAAAUGGUAAAGAAAUUCACGCUGGAAUAGUCUUAUCAAACGCCACGCCUAGGAUCACAUUCGAAGAAUUGAUCGAUCAGUCCCAUCUUCCUAGAACGUUUUUGAAUGCAGUGAAAUCGAUCGACUACACUUCGCCUGUCACUAAAAUAAACAUAGCUGUACGUGAACUCCCAUCCUUCAUCUGCAAACCAAAUAUCGGUAAUGGCCCGAUGCCGCAUCAUCAAACAACGAUCCAUCUUAACUGUGAAAGCAUGGAACUCGUCGAUGAAGGAGUACAGGAUUUCCGUAACGGAAACUGGAGCCAAAGACCAGUCAUUGAAAUGACUAUUCCAUCAACAGUUGAUCGGUCACUUGUACCAGACGAUCAUUCGCAUGUGAUGUCGUUAUUCACUCAGUACACCCCUUAUGAACUACGGAAUGGAUGUUGGGACAAAAAUACUAAGGAACAGUACGCAAAACACGUAUUUAACGAAAUAGAUGCGUACGCACCGAACUUCUCCUCUUCUAUCAUCGGAUACGAAGUUCUACCACCACCGGAUAUCGAACGAAUUUUUGGACUCACUGGAGGAAACAUUUUUCACGGUUCAAUGUCACUAGAUCAAUUGUAUUUCACCCGCCCCGUAUCUCAUCACAGCAACUAUAGAACACCUAUACGAGGCCUGUUCUUGUGUGGAAGUGGAGCACAUCCAGGAGGUGGAGUUACUGGAGCACCGGGAAGGCUCGGAGCUCAUGUAGCCUUACAGGGAUGA